AUGCGCCACUACUGUGUAGUAUGCGGCGUGAAUAUUAGCCGCGCCGCUGCCGCACCAGGAACUGUACCGGAGGAGAGCCUUUCAUGGUAUCAAGAGCUCCGUGUUGCGGUCCGGCGCCACGAUGAUCUAGACGCCGCAACCAUUAGUGGCUUGGGGUUCAUCAAUUCUUCCAAUGAACUGACCGUCGCCGAAGACUAUCAAAGCAGAUUUGAUGAUGCUAAUGUGAACCUUCAUACCUACUUCCCGUUCUAUGAUCUGGAGCAGCGUACCUGGAGCUUCACUCUUCACGCAAUAUGCUGGGAAAUCCUGCUACAAAGAGUCCCAGAAGGGGCUGCGAAUAUAGCCAAGCUUUCAAAUGUCUUUUUUCAGAUUGUAUUCUGUACAAUAUGGAGUCGUCACAGAUAUAUGCGCCCUGGCCAUGAUUUUGGAGGCGCAGCUCAGUUUCAGAAGCCCGUUGGAGAUCCGAUAAGGCGUAUGACGGAUGAAGGAUUCGCGCAGAUGUUGAGCCGCCCUUCGCAGUUUUGCGAUGUGCCCGAGAUAUUAUCAUCACUCUCCCAGUUUCAAAAACCUCGAUCUCGUCAUAGAAGAUUCGUUCCCAUGACAGUGCGAAUUCCUUCUGCGGGGUUUGAUUUAUUCUCUUCGCUUCCUGCAGAAGUCUUACAUAUGAUAUUGUCUAUUCUUUCUUCAGUGGACAUUCGACAUUUGCGAUUGGCGUCGAGGCGUGUUGCAUCUGUAACCGACCCCGCAUCACUCCCCCAGUCCUUCUGGCGGAGCAGGUUCUGUGCUGAUGCUGAAAUGGGAUUUGCCUUGCCAACUAAUGAAUCUGGACACCAGAACUGGCGGGAUGCUUAUUUUCUGUUGAAGGAUACUUUAAGCGACAGUUCCUGUGUUCCAAGAGUAAAGAACCGCCUUCGAAUUUGGAGCCUCGUUGGCAUCAACGCUACUUUGCUUGCUGGGCAUAUGAUAGGAGACGGUCUUCAUGGCGACCAAUGCACGGGAACAAUACUCAUUCCUGCUGAGGCCGAAACACUUACUUCAGACGUCUUGCCCGGGAGAAUGGUUCGUACUUCAGCCUUUGUAGAUGAACAUAACCUACUUCCGUCAGGCAGUAGAAAGCUCCACGAUAGGGUCGUCGUUCUCCCCUUGGGAACCUGCGCCAUCAUCAGAGUCAACAUAUCUACCAUUCUCUUUAAUUCAGAGAAGUUCGUUUCUGGCUUGCAAUUGGGCGUCGUCAAUACCUCAACUCAGGCCAUCACGAAUCUAAGCCUCGGGUUUAUUUCGCCAGACCACCAGUUGAUUGAGAUUGCUCCAACGGUUCGCAUAACAGGUUUCGAGCUGGCUACAUGUCCUCGUGGAGUAACGGGAAUAAGAGCUAUUGUUGACCGCGGCCCCCAACCCCAAUGGGUGGGUGACACUGGAAACGGCGAAGCUCAAUUUGCAUUCGGAAUCUUGAAUUUUACGCGAGAGGGAUCAGAUAUCCUACUCGUUGCCAGUUUUGAUGCUUUCAAAAUGAUUGCUUUGGGGGUGACCGAAGGCAGCUCAGAAGUCGGCUUUGACAAGCCCUUCGUAUCCCAGCCUGUCUGGACGCCCACUUAUCCCAGAAAAACGGUAGCCCUUGCUCCCGAACCAUGGAACCCUCGACCCGAUACAUCAAGCCCGAUUCUGAAUAUCGACUUCGGUGGCCCUACCGGCGAAAGGCUCACACGGCUUACGCGCAUAGUUUCACACAUGGUCGACAAGUCAUCGCCUUUUGUCGGACUUUCGUUCUACCUUGAUGAUCAAAGCUUCUUUCACUUUGGCCAGCGAGGCUCAAUGGAAGUUUCAUCAUUCAUUGAUGGGCCUGGCGGAGAGUUGAUCUCAAGCAUCAUAGUCGAAAGGUCCGCAGAGGAUGACCGGGUCCUCUCGCAACGGAUAGUCACAAACCUUGGAAACGAACUCAUCUUCAGUUCAAAUGAGUUAGAACACUCUCAGGUGGCAGAGCACAUUCCAGUACUGAACGAUGGUUUGGGGCCAAACCCUUUCAUAAAAAUGGAGGAGAAGAUUAUAGAGACUCUGAAGCCUCACCCUGGACACCAAAUAACAGGUUUGACUGCUACCACCGAAGCAGAUGCCGGGUUCUUUCUGAAUCUCGGGUUGCAGUGCGAGAAACUGCAGCAGGCACCUGACUCGUCCUCAGCCGGAGAAAAAAAAGGCGUCACAAAUUCGGCUUCUUUAUCUGCAAGCCUAGCGUCAUCUUUGGGCUCCUAUAUUAUCGCCGAGGCAGGAAAUGGACUCAGAGCUUAUACGUCUGCAGCCUUGCAAUCAGUAAAAUGCAUACGAAUCUCAAACGGGAGUACCAGACGCCCACGGCUCGAUAAUGAAGUUUCUGGACUAUGGUUUGAAUAUCACGGGUCGUGUCCUUCAAUUGUUGGCCAGUGGCUUUGUGAGGGUGCGUCCAUGAGCCUCGACACAGAAGAGAUAAUAACGGGAAUCACUAUCUGGCUUUCCGAUGGCAGAUACUCUCGCGCUGAAAGGGUGUACAACGGCCGCGUGAUUCGCGUUUCAAUUACGACUACCCUGCGGACUGUAUCGUACCCAGAGGAACUUCCACCGACAAAGUACACUGUCCUCCGGUUCCACGGUAGCCACCUUGAGAAACUUUCGCACAUGGUCUGGGUCUUCAACAAUGCCUGGGACUUUCCCAGGGUGAUACCUAUUCCCACGUUGUCCGGCGCUAAGGUGACGCUCUGGCAUCCGAAUGACUUCCUUGCUACACGCCCAUUCGCUUCGCCGGAUAAGGUGCUAUGGAAGGGGAUCAGUGUCACGGAUAACCUGAUCUCCAUAACGGGAUAUCACGGCCAUAAUAACGGAAACCUUGUCACGGGCUUGAAAUUUACAUAUUCAUCUGGCACUUCCAGGGAGAUGGGCGAUGUGACCGGUCACCAAACUCACAAUGUCUUGACAUUCGAGCCUGAUGAAGAGAUUCAAACGGUUGAGUUCAUUGCUGACUCGAGGCGUCUUCUGGACGUGGUCUUUCAUUCUGAAAAAGGCAGCAGCGGCAAGAGCCGCAGGCGUGCACUUGUCGAUGCGCCUGACUCGGAGGCAUUCGAACGUCACGAAGUCGAUACCUUUCAGCGAACGUUUCAAUCUCAUUAUUGGGGCUCAGAUACACCUGAUGAAGGAGUCCUGUCUGGGGAGGUGGUUGGUAUCUGGGGCUUUCUCAUGGCAGACGAGGCUCUUGUUACUGGCUUCGUUCUUUUGGAAGAGUCUUAG